GGACUCAAUUGACAACAAAAAGGGCUUAUAUUUGAAGAUUUGUAUCAAUUGUUGUGAUAAUCAUGUCUUCGGCGACACUCAACGAGUAUAUCAAUAACACAAAGUCAGUGGUGACCGCAGACGGCCGACAGAUUGUGAUCGACGAUUUGGUGGACUUAUACCGAGAGUUCGCCAAAACUCCGGUUCCCAUCGCCGGACAUCUCUACCGAUGCGGUCAUAAUAAGAGACGAAUGUCUUUACGAACGGAUUGGAGGGUUCGGGAUAUGGAUCGUCCGGAAGCGACCAAACAUGCCGUCCAUCACACCAUCAAACUGUCCAAAGACUGCACUCGAGUUAAACACAUCCAACCCGUCGGACAACCCGUGGAUGUGACCAAUGAAUUGGCGGCCACUGCCAGAGCACCGGUAUCUCAAUACAUGGCUGUCGUGCGCAAGGGUUCCAAAGACCCGGAGUCACCUUUUAGCUUUGUUACCGAGCUUCAUACCCUAGUCUGCAGCUUUCAGCGGUCAAUAGACACGGAUUCAGUGGACGAACACUCGGCUCUUGUAUUGGACGACACGUUCGGACGACUCUUGUGGUCAGCGAAUGGCAAACAACUCCUAUAUGUCGCUGAAUAUAAGGCACCGAAAGCUCAGUCUUAUUACAAGAGAGUCAACAAAAAGACCGAUAAACCGGACAAAGAGCCGGACACUAGGGGUCAGGAGUUUGUGCACAGAGAUGACUGGGGUCAUUUUUUAGAGGGAAUCAGUCAUACAGUGAUCUGUAUUCUUGAUGUCAGCAAAGACUUCAAGAUCCGCACCAUUGAGAUGACGCCGAUAAACGCAAACCCUGACCUGACAGGCUAUGCGGUCUUAAGACACAAAUGUUUGGAUUUGCGAUCCGAAGACUCUGUGCCACAACUGGUCUGUGGGUCCGAGAGGACAGCCAUUCGUAGUCCCCGUCCACUGCCCGACGGAACGGGUUUUGUGUAUUUGGAGUGCGAAGUGGGCGGACCUCACUAUAAGGCCAGUCGUGAUUACGCUAUGUGGAAACUCAGCUUCAGAUUUAUACCCUUGCAGACGCGAGAAAUAUUACGGCUCUAUUUGAUUGAUCUCAAGACUCGACACUUGAUUCCCAUUGAUUUCCCCUUACCUUCCGUCCAACUCCUGGACUUCAGAGACAAUCUCGUGAUAGCCGUCGGCUCCGCCAUUAAUGUUAAGCCCAAUGUGUUUGUCGGUCGACUCGACGAUAACAUACCGGAGCCGUCGAUAGAGUGGUUGCAAAUUGAGACCAAUUCUAAUGAUUCACUGAAAGACAUAAGUGUUGAGAAGAUAACCUAA